UGGUGGAAUGCGCUCUCACGUGACGCCCUCCCUCCCUGUUUCGGCGGGCUGCGUUCGGAUUUUGUUUGCAUGUCGCCGGCCAUAGUUUCAAAACGGAGGGCGCGAAGGUCCUGUGGAUAUGGAUUCCAGCUACCAUCUCUCCCCCAAGACGCUGUUUAGAGACGAGGACAACAUGGAUGAACGCGGCCGUUCCAAUUCACCUCCCUCAUCCAGCGAUCUCAACAGUUCCACCGAUUCUGGCGUCGUUCGAAUAGACCGGUCGCCUGCCGUGCCUGUCAUCAAGGUCCGGCCCGUUCCACGGCAGGACACGCCGCCGUACAAGAAGAUUCGGGCUCUACGACUCUUUGGAUCACCUCAGACGCCGAAAACUUUGCUGCAGCGAGCUGAGGCUCCGAACUCGCAAGACAUCGUACGCCAUCGCUCUCAGCUAUUUGAUCAGGGUGCCAACGUGAACCCGUUCUCCCCAGUACCGGACACACCAGCACCGGCGAGCCGGCUUAAGCGCCCUCGAAAAUGUGUUAGCGUCUUCAGGCAUAGAGACAAGUUGGAUUUGUCGGAUCUCUAUGAUGACCAGGACGAAGUUGAAGAUGAACGUUAUACAAAGCUGUCUUUCCUACAAGUGCAGCGGAUCGCAAAGACGAGUCCCAGUAUGUCUCGCUACGAGGCAGAAUUCCUAGAGCUCUGCGAAGUAGGGUCGGGCGAAUUUGGCAGCGUCUACAGGUGCUUGCACAGGCUAGACGGCUGCACGUACGCCAUCAAGAAGUCCCGCAAGCCCAUGAGGGGGACACAGGACGAGAAGACAGCAUUAAAUGAAGUGUAUGCCCACGCUGUCCUGGGACAGCACCCACACGUUGUGCGUUACUACUCCGCAUGGGCCGAAGAAGAUCGCAUGAUUAUCCAGAACGAAUUCUGCAAUGGGGGAAGCCUAGCGGAUGUGAUUCAGCAGAACGAGCAAAAUGAGACACGAAUCCCCGAGUCCGAGUUGAAGCGGAUACUUCUGCACGUUGCCGAAGGACUCAAGUACAUCCACUCUCAGAACCUGGUACACAUGGACAUCAAGCCAGGAAAUAUUUUCAUCACCAAGACGACCAACGUGUCUGUCGCGGAAAGCUCGGACGACGGGUUCGAUGAGGAAGACGAGAAAGCUCCCGCUUUGGAGGAAGUGGUUGUGUACAAGAUUGGUGACCUAGGGCAUGUAACGUCGACUAGGAACCCGUACGUCGAAGAAGGCGACUGUCGAUAUCUCGCCAAGGAAGUUCUUCGGGACGACUAUUCACACCUGACAAAAGCGGACAUCUUUGCAUUGGGACUGACGGUCUUCGAAGCGGGAGGUGGUGGACCUCUACCCAAGAAUGGGCAGCAGUGGGCAGCCAUACGCAAAGGCAGGCUACCCUACCUUGACCACUGCUCACUAGAGUUCAACCAGUUGCUCCUGGAGAUGAUUCGGAAGCAAGCGGAACAACGGCCGUCCGCCAGCGCACUGCUUCAGCACCCUGUCCUCGUACCCAAUGCAACAAAGUCUAGGGCGCAGCUGCGGAAGGAACUCAACGCUGAGAGGUUCAAGAACGAGUUGUUAUCACGGAAACUGGAAGAAGCGUCACUCUGCCUGCAGGGACUGCCUCACCAGUGCCGAAGCGACAGGCAGUCUAGACUAGUUGGGAAGAAGGCAAACCGCAGCCACAGCGUGACUAAUUUUUGAUUCCUCAUUCCUGUCAUUCCUCUUCAUUUUCAUCACCAGACUUCAUGAUUCUCGUGUGGUGUUCUUAUUAGUUAAUGUUUUCUAGACUGCAUAAACGUUUGUGUAACUUAACUGAUCAGUCACGCAUUUCAGAGUCAUUUUUUCAUGGUAGUGAGCCCAUUUCAGGAUCUGAAUCUGAAAGGUUCCCCCUUGUGAUAGCAUAUGUCAUUGAAGUCAUUGUGCCUUUUUGCACUCGAGGCUACGCUACAAAAGCGACGCCCUUUCUUCAUAUACACUGUAUAAAUCUUGUACAUAGAUCUAGAUCACUGUCAAAGACGAUUUUAUAUGCGGAUGGAAUAAAUAGAGAUGAUUAGUGA